CGUGUAGCAAAUAGCAAUCAAUCCAAAGAAUACAGUAAAUAAUUCACUAUAAAAUUCGUUACUUCCAUCAUUACAAACUUAUAAAUCCAAAAUGAGCUUCGAUCAAUCCUCAAAUAGUAACAGUACGAACGACAAGCCCGAUAGGAAGGUGCUCGACCGCAGCAAACCUGACGACUUGCAAAUUUCGCGAACAGACAUGAACAUGUUGAUUAUGAAUUAUUUAGUCACAGAGGGCUUCAAGGAGGCUGCAUUAAAAUUCCAACAAGAGGCUGGACUGCAGGAGCCCGCUCUCUGCAGCUCCCUGGAUGAGCGCAUCAUGAUCCGUGAGGCAGUGCAGAGCGGCCGCAUCCCGGACGCCAUUGCCAUGGUCAACUCCCUUCACCCGGAGCUACUAGACAAUGAUAGAUACUUAUACUUCCAUUUACAGCAAUUGCAACUUCUGGAGCUUAUCCGCGCCGGGCGCGCCGAGGAGGCCCUAUCGUUCGCAUCAGCUACCUUAGCCGAAGCUGGCGCCAACGACCGCACGGCGCUCACCGAGCUGGAGCGCUCCCUCGCGCUUCUCGCGUUCCCGGACCCACACGCGUCACCCUUCGCUGACCUGCUGCUGCCAUCCCACAGCCAGAAGAUCGCCAGCGAGCUAAACGCAGCCAUACUAAAGAUGGAGAAUCAAGAAUAUACCAACCCCAAGCUAUGCAGCCUCCUGCGUAUGAUCCUCUGGUCCCAGAGCGAAUUAGACAAGCACAAUAUCAAGUACCCAAAGAUGACCGACCUAGCCAAUGCCACUAUAGAGAAUCCAAGUUUUAAGUAAGCUUCAAUGUGGUUUAUUUAUAAAUUUUAAUGUAUUUUAUUACCAUUGUAAUUUUUACAUAACACUCAAUUACUAAGUAAAACAGUUCCAUUUAAUUUUACAAACAUAGAGUCUGUCGCAAAAGAGAUGGAAACUGUCAUCUGAUAAUAAAUUAACCUUUUGGACGCCAAUGACCGAUAUAUCCGCAGCCGCACCGCAGGUUCAACGCCAAAGACCGAUUAAUCGGUCACAGACCACAGAGCAACAUAGACCUACGUGCAUAUGCAUAAAGUUCAAUUUCAGUUUUGACACUUCGGUGACGUGGCGUCCGAGUGACAGCUUUUGUGUUUGACACGGCGUCGAAAAGGUUAAGCAGUAAAUAGGUACUAAUUUUAAUUACCAUGCUAUUAGUAUAUACCAUCCAAUGUUGUGUUGUUCCACCUUUAUCCAAUGUAGUUUCACAUGGGUAAAUGUAUAUUUUAUUUACUUAUCAGAUCUAAUUUGAAUGGAGAAGAUGAAUUAUAAAUUGUGAUGAAAUAAUCAAGGUUUCUUAUUAUAAAUUAUCAUAUAUUUUUAUUGAUCACAACAUACCUAAACUCUAUCAAACAUAGACAAAUUUAAAUUGUACUGGAAAGUGUUCCAUAUUUGUAAAAAGUUAAGUAAUGAUAAUGAUUUCCGCUUAUUUUUUUCCCGACUAAGACGAAGGAAGUGAUAUGAUUCUAUAGUUCGUUUUUUUUAGCAUUAGAAAAAGACUACGCGAUCUUGACGUGUCUUUUAACUGAAAAACGCUUUUUUAAAAUCAGUAACUAUUACUUAUGAAAGGAAAAUAGUGUAAAUAAUCGUAUAUGAUUCAUAAUUGUUACAUAUUUGCAGAGACUUAUUUUUCAAAAGGGUUUUUCAAUAAAAAGACAAUGUCAAGAUUGUUUACCUUUUUUCUAAUGCUAAUAAAACGAACGAUAGCAGUCUACUGUAGCGUUUUGUGGCAGGUGGCAUAGACUAAAUUUUAAUUUAAUUUUUAAAUUCUCUACGAUAAAGAAAAACCGUAGUUCGGUUAAAAUUUUUAAAUUAACUUAUUUUAAAAUAUGUCUAUAUACAGUAACUACAGUAGAAAAGCCCAGAACUAGCAUUGCAAAUAAGUUAUAGGAUUUCCAAGGAUUUGGAAGGUGGAGAAACUAAACUAAAGGCUAUUCUCUGCACUUGUGUAGGUAGAAACAGCAACACCCUUAACUGCCCAUCGAUGGACCUUAUUACAAAAGGCAUAAAGUCCACCGAUAAGGCGAUGGAACACACUAGGCGCGGAUUUAAAUCUUGAUUUCUCGGAGAUCAUGAACAUACUGUACCUUUUAAAUCGAUUAUGGCCAUAAGGCACGUCACGCCGUAAGGCACGACUUGCUAUAUAGUACGAACAUCUAGUAAUAUAAUACGAAUAUUACAAACAAUAAUACCGGAGGGUGGUAUUCCACCUACCCAAUUUCUUUGUCCAAUGUGUAUUGCGUCUCACACUUUGCUUUCAUGAGAGAGUGAGACGUACUGACAUUGGACAGGUGGAAUACCACCCUAACACACAAUAGGGCAGCCAAAACGCGUCCUUAUUCCAAGAGGGCAAAUAUUUGUGAUACCUCAGAAAUACUUUUGUUUACAAGUACAGUCCGUAACGAUUUGUCGAUUCUAGGUAUCAUUUGUAUGUAGAAAAGUUUUAAAUUGAAGUGAUAGGAAUUCAUAGUUAACCUUAGAAUACCUCAGAGUAAUAGAUUGGACUAGAUUAAGAAAAUCUAUUAAUUAUUAAUCGUCACUUAAAAUGUAUUUAAAAAUAAGGUUUUUGUAUGUAAUUUUUAGAAUUAAAGUAUAAAU